GUGGGCGAGUCUCUGCAGCAGCAUCACUCUCACCUGGAGAACAGAAGCAGCUCCUGCUCAGCUGUGUCCAAGAGCUGAGGAGCCAGCUGACGUUAGAAUCAACGCUGCAAUUAAUUAGAGAGAUAUAUUUAUAAAAAAAGAUUGUCAGGACAAGGAUGGAAUUAACCAAACUGGCACUCCUGCUGUCUUUUCUGGCCUCAGUGACUCUGUGUCAAGGUGUGACUGAGUGGACGCCUUGGUUCAACAUCGACCAUCCKGGUGGAAAUGGGGACUAUGAGCGUCUGGAGGCGAUUCGUUUCUACUACAGAGARCGAAUUUGUUCUCGCCCUACAGCCAUGGAGGCUCGCACCACAGAUUGGGUGGCAGCUGCAGACACCGGGGAAGUGGUCCACUCAAGUUUGGAGAAGGGCUUCUGGUGCAUCAACAAAGAACAGCCGUAUGGCCACAUCUGCUCCAACUACCAUGUUCGCUUUCAAUGUCCUCCAGUGCAGAGUUAUUGGACUGAUUGGAGUGAGUGGGGACCCUGUUCCACCACUACUUGUGAUGAUGUGGGAGUCCAGGUUCGGAAGAGGAAAUGUGUGAGUGCUCAGCCCAUGCCUCUUCUGUUUGUGCCAGCAUGCCAGGGACACCAUUCAGAGAGGAGGGAGUGCUCCAGCCCACCAUGCACAGCCAAAUGGCAUCCAUGGGGUGUCUGGGGGACAUGUUCAGCAACAUGUGGUGGAGGUCGCCGGACCAGAAGAAGAACCUGUGUGAGGACAUCAGCGACAGUUCACUGUAAAGGACGAGCUGUUGAAGUCCAGAAGUGUGGAAAAAAUCCAUGCCCAGCAAAAUGCCAGCGUGUUUGCACAGAAGGCCGUCCUAGUGAGGACUGCAGCAUCUGUGUUUGUGUUGGCCACGAGCUGUACGGAGAUGUCCAAAGUGUGACUGGAUUCCCCAUAGCAGGCGCCACAGUAGCUCUGGCCAGCCAUCCURAUGUCAUCCGUGUUACUACGGACAAUAAAGGACAGUUCAGGCUUGAAGGAAUCUGCUCCUCCAGCUCAAGCUUGAUCACCAUCAGSAAGGAGAAGUUUGCCCCAGUCAACGUCUCUACAUCCAGUAAUGCUACAGGGGUGUCCAGGUUGCAAGCUGUGCUCAGAUCAGCAGAAAAGCCCUACAUUGUGAAACACCCAGAGGAAAAGGUGCGUUAUGAAGGAGGACGGGUGCUCUUGUGCUGCACAGCAAUGGGAUCACCGGUUCCUGACAAAUAUUAUUGGUACCACAAUGGGACUCUGCUGGACAGAAAGCUGUACAAGUAUGAGGCGGAUCUUAUUCUCCGCAAUCUAAAACAAGAAAAUUCAGGAGAGUACUACUGCAAAGCCAGCAGCCCUGCUGGCAGCAUCAAGUCCACCCCAGCCCUCCUUACUGUGAUUGCUGAAGGAACACCAGCAUGCAAUUCCACCCCUGAGUCACACCUCAUCAGACUACCAAUGGACUGCGUUCAACCUGGAACCGCCUCCAAAUACUACAAUGCUGGUCGCUGUCCUCUCAACAAAUGUGCCGGUUCCCUCGACUUUGACAUGCACUGCAGAGAUGGAGCUGGGCUCUGCUGUGGAGUCCAGAAGAUGGAGAAUCAAAUCAUURAUUGUGGUAACUACAAGCUCCCUAUCCGGGCAGUGACACAGUGCAGUUGUCUAAACUGUGUGCAGCCCACUGUUCUGGUUCGAGGCAGAGUUGUCGCAGCUGACAAUGAUGACCCUUUACGUUUUGGGCACAUCUACAUUGGUAAAGAAAGAGUGGGUACCACUGGAUACCAAGGAGGGUUCACUUUACAAAUUGCUCCAGAGACUCAAAGAUUAGUCGUAAAUUUUGUUGACCCCACUCAGACGUUUAUUGAYACUCCAAAAGUGUUCAUUUUUGACAAGAAGAGUGGCUCAAUUUAUCACAAUGUGAAAGUGAUGAGGAAGCAGAUGCCAAUUGAUAUCAAUGCAGGAGAAACCAAUUUUUUUGACUUAGGAGAAAUUAAAGGUGAAGACCCCAUAGGACAGUUGGUCAUUCCACCCAAUUCUUUCCAUAAAGACAGUGGAGAGACCUAUGAGGGGACUGUGAAAGCCAGCGUCACAUUCAUCGAUCCAAGAAACAUCACUAYGGCAGCUGCAGCCCCUGGUGAUCUCAACUUUGUGAAUGACGAUGGUGACAUGCUUCCUUUGAGGACCUAUGGCAUGUUUUCAGUUGACUUUAGAGAUGAAACAAACAACGAAGUUCUUGGAGCUGGGGAAGUCCAAGUCCUCCUUGAUACACAGCAUGUUAAAAUGCAAGAGCACAUUCCUGAAAUGAAGUUGUGGUCCUUAAACCCAGAGACAGGUAUCUGGGAAGAGGAGGCUGACUUCUCCUACAGCACAACCACUGCUGGUGGUCAUGGACGAAGCAAACGUGAGGAGCGCACGUUCCUCAUAGGCAACAUGGAGAUCAGAGAACGUAGACUGUUCAAUUUAGAUGUACCUGAAAACAGGCGCUGUUAUGUGAAAGUGCGUGCAUACAUGAGCGACAAAUUCCUACCUUCUGAACAGCUGGAGGGUGUUGUAAUCAGCUUGAUUAACUUAGAACCCAAACCUGGUUAUUCAUCAAAUCCCAGGGCAUGGGGCCGCUUUGACAGUGUCUUAACUGGACCCAAUGGAGCGUGUUUACCAGCCUUCUGCGAUGCAAUGAGGCCUGAUGCUUACACAGCCUAUGUUACAGCAAUGCUAGGUGGAGAAGAGCUGGAGGCAGCCCCUUCCUCUCCCAAGAUGAAUCCAAAUGUCAUCGGGGUGACUCAACCAUAUCUCGACAAGCUAGAUUACCAGCGUAGUGAUCAUGACGAUCCAGCUCUGAAGAAAACAGCCUUCAGAAUUAAUUUGGCAAAGCCUAAUCAAAACAAUUUUGAUGAGACUAAUGGACCAAUAUAUCCAUAUCAGAAUUUAUUAGGUUGUGAAAAUGCUCCUGUGGAUGCCAAUCAUUUCAGAUUUUUCAGAGUGGAAAAGGACAAGUAUGAAUACAAUGUUGUUCCCUUUGAGGAGAAUGACUUGACAACAUGGACAAGAGACUACCUUUCCUGGUGGCCUAACCCCCAGGAAUUUAGAGCAUGCUACAUUAAAGUUAAAAUUCAUGGCCAGAAGGAAAUAAUGAUCCGAUCAAGAAACCUGGGAGGAACACAUCCGGAGACGAGGGGCAAACUAUAUGGUAUUAGAGACAUUCGCAGUACUCGUGACAUGCGAGAGGCCAACACCUCUGCUGCUUGUGUGGAGUUCAAAUGUAGUGGCAUGUUGUUUGAUCAGGCAGAGGUGGACAGAUCUCUCAUAUCACUGAGUCCACAGAGCAGCUGUCGCAGAAUUAGUAUUAAUGGUCUUCUACAGGAGUACCUUAUUAAACAUCCACCAAUUGCUCACAACAAUGAGUCACAAGCAUUCACCAUGUUAGCGCCUGUUGAUCCAUUGGGACACAACUAUGGCAUCUACACAGUCACAGACCAGAACCCUAGGGUAGCCAAAGAGAUYGCCAUUGGGCGCUGCUUUGAUGGAACGUCAGAUGGUUUCUCCAGAGAAAUGAAGUCCGAUUACGGCGUUGCAGUGACCUUCAACUGUCUAGAAAAGAAAAUAAACAGGGAAAGCCUCUUCCAGCGUCUGCAAACCAACCCAGGUCAGACACUGUCUCAGAUGGCAAGGGAUAUGAGGGAACUGGAGGGUGUGCAGGCAAGGAGAUCCUCUUCUCAGGUUGUGGCUUAUCCUGCAGAGCAACRAGGGAGGACCCAAAGUCGGAGAGUUAGCUCAACAACCAGAAGAAGAGCGUCCAUGCGARCACAGCAGCGCCAAUAGAAGUGCCAAGAAAUAGGUUUGAAAAGAAUAUCUGAUCUAUGUUUACACUGAUAGCAGUAUCAAAAUGUUUUUCUUCCUUUGUUUUCUGUUAGUGUUUUUUAUUGAAGGUUGAUUUGUAGAAUUAAAACAAAAGCAUAAAAUUGUCUGUCUWUUGAAAAGUAGGAAUUCCUUUUUGACAAUGAACACUAAACGGAAAUAGACAUUCAAGCAAAAUCAUCAAUCAUGACUGAUCAUUAGUUGAGAAGAAACUUGAAGGAUAGAGUGUAUAACCUUACUUUCCACAUAAAAAGCAAAUAUCAUUUAAGAUUUUGGACCUUGUUGGCUGGUAUUUAUUUCAGUGGCUCUGUUCWAAUUUUGUGAAUUAAUAGACAAUAUCAGCUGUUAACAUUAGAGCAUUUAUUAAAUUUAUUUGUGGGAUUACACUUAGCUGACUCAGUUGAAAUCAGUCCUUCACAAUUGUUCUAAAUACUAUGGUAGACUGAAUCCAAUGAGCUAAAUGCUUUCAAUAUCCCCCAAAAACAAGAUGAUGGUUCUUUCUGUUUACAGCCAUCACUGUGCCUGUAUUCACCAUUUCACACAAUAGACAAGUCUAAAAAUAUUUUUGUUAAGUUUGUCAUACCUGCCAACUGUGACUCAGCCAAAUGUGCUUCCACACUAGCUUAACAUGUACAAGAUGUAUCACUUUGGUAUCAGUCUGUUUCAAUUGAAGAAAAGUGACUGUGAGGUACUGUAAAUUUUUCAUUUUCUUUUGCACAUUUUAAAUAAUCUUUUUAGCAAACAAAAUAUUAUUCAAACAAUAUCUUUGUCAGUAUUUCAUUUCAACAGUAGUAGAGCCAUUCAGGAGAUUACGUGUUUGUUGUUGGUGUGUUUGUGAGCUCAGUUUAUAUUGACAGCAAUAACCGUAACAAAACCUGAGAAUUAGUCACAUUCAACAUGCUAUAGGCAUAGUAAGGCACCAUGGUAAAUUACUGUUUCUGAAGAGAAACCAGCCUUUUUGUUCUUUCUACAUUUUUGCACAAAUAACAUAAGUAAUACCAUACUAUAAGUCAGUGAUUCCCAAACUACCCCCCCACACACACACACUUCCAAACCUA